AUGAGAUAUGUGGACUGGAAUGCAGUGAGGGCAAAUGAAAUCGAGGAUGAAGAACUGGAGCACUUCCGGCGGAACCAUUUUGUGCCCCAUGACGGUAAUUGUGCCAUGGCCCCUGUCGGAUUCAUAGUGCAUCAUUCCAACCAUUUCUUCGUGGUCAUAUUCGACUAUGAGCGACGCAUGGCGCACGUCUUGGGUCGCCAUAUUUCUGCGGAUUCAAUGGAUGUAGACGGAGAGGAUCCACAUGACUGGAACGAUUGGAGAGGUCCGGAAUAUUGGAGGAAAAUCGGAGCCCUUCAUGGAUGGAGCACAGGAGAUGUCUCAGACGUGUCCAUCAACCCAAUGGACUGGGAGCAAAAUGGGGUCGACUGUGGUCCCAUCGCUUGCUCCGUGCUGGCGCAAUGUCUGAAGCUGGGUUUGGAUGAGCAGGGCAACUUACCCGACUUUGAGAUCCAAUGCGGUCACAAACUGCGGGUUCACAUGCUGCGCGCUAUUGCUGCGCAUGUCAAGCUCUGUUGCAGCAACUACCUGAUGCUCCUAGACAGCCCACGAGAUGAUUGGAAAGACGACGAGCUACCCGACGAGGACAUCAUCAAUUCGAUCCAGAAUGGGCGAUACCAGGCUGAUUGCCUGAAGGUCCUGCGGAGGCUGACUGUUGUGAGCGCCACCUGCUCCAUUGAGGAUGAUGACGCCACGAAUAUGGUACAUGCAAUUGGCAAGGCGCACCUUGACAAGCUGUUCAAAGCAAACAAACACCUCGCUGGAUCUCGGAAUCGCAAUUCAAUAGUCCCUCGUGCCAUUGGAACACACCUUCAACUCGAGCCAGAAUUACCAUCGGUCGUCCAUGAUACCGAGGACUCUCAACGCACUGUAGCUGCCACAACAUCUCGGAGGCGAGUGAAAAACUGGUAUCUUGGAAGCAACAGACGAUUUCCACGUCCAACCGCACCAAUUCCAUUGGCUGCAUACGGAGGUAGGAGAUGGCUGCCAGACGACCAUGGAUUCGAUGAAUAUGAGGGCGGACCUACCAUUGAGAUGAUGCUGACUCCUAGGGAUAUCCAUACGACGAUGACAUUCCCUGCUGGGGGGAUGCAGAUCUCCACCGCUUGGUUAGACUGGGUCGAUUGCGGCUAUCGCAUCACACCAAGUUCAUUCCACAUUUUCUAUCAAUGCGACCCCACAGCAACCAUGGACCACAUCAUGCCUAUCGGAACAACAGACUCCCAUGAUCCUUCGGACCAAGUUCCUGAUCGUGUGACAGGUGCAUAUAGCCUGAAGCGACGGGGAACUGAUCACGACGAACAGUGCACAUACAUCACUGAUGUAGAAAUACUCUCCGCAUCUGAGCUCGUCGAAUCCGCCCAAUAUGAUCCCCCACUGCAGGAUGAAUGCAGGUUCGGACACAAUGCCUUUGUGCGGGGCUGCACCAGUCAUCGGUAUGGCGAUGGUCCUGCCUUAUAUGUUGAUCUCGAACGAGAUGCUGUUUCACUCUCAGAAGACGAGAUAGAGAUCUCAGUGGACAUAGACAGCAUCAUAUGGACAACAAAGGUGUUCCGAUGCAAAGGGUCUGUUGGUGUCUACAUCGUUCCGCCUUUCCAAACGAAACCAGGCAUAUACAAGCACAAUCACACCUAUGUAGAGAUCACCAUACCGCAGUCGGAACAGGAUGCAAAUUCACCCGGUGGGAGGACUGAAUGGCUCUCCAAACGAUUUCCUAUGUCUGCCAUCCCUCAUGUCUGUAUGGGCCGCAUAUCAUCAGCAUCAUCGACACUCAAUCUAUACAUCGCGUUCCCAAGGAUGAUUCAUCAGCACCCAACGAACGGUCGGAGAAUCACUCUGAUGCCAAAGGAGGUCUUGGACAUAUUCUGGGAUAGGGUACUGCUUCCAUCGAUUGGACAGUGCACCGACGUCAGCUGGGAGCCCUACCUGAAACACACAUUGGAGGAAGCACGUUACAAGGCCAGAGGUGCGGACGGGAGAAGGGGCGGAUGGGGACCUCCUAAAACCAUCCCCCUCUCAGACGAUGACUUUUGUGACGUGCAGAAACGCAUGGAAGCUCGCAUACGUGAUGGAGGACCUGAGCUCAGCAUGUAUGGGUCGUCUUUCUUUAUUCUGGAAGGAAAGGGAAUCAAGCUGCUCACGAAGGAUGGCCAGAGGGGGCGUUUCUCAGGACCAGAAGAGGCCCUGCGUCGCAACCUGCCUGACCUUGACUGGCAAUAUAUGAUGAACAGGAGGCAUGGCGAACUGCUGGUAGAUGUGGGUGUCUCAUUCACGCCCCACUCUCCAAAUGUCCCACUCGUAGGGGUGUGGCGCUUAGAUGCACUGGAAGCAUCAUUUGGAGCGGGAGGCUACAAAAGAGGGGAGAUACAUCAUCACAACACGCUGUCUAGAUAUGGGGCGCUGCAGGCCGAGAUGCAACAGGAGAGAUCUCAGCAGACGCACAUCGCAUUCAGGAGCACCUACAACCUGUACUAUGAGUCGAUUCGAACAAACAGCAACCAAGCGAAUUUCGCAUCCGACAGCGACGCCUAUAAGCUGUCCCCAUCAUAUAUGGCUGAAUGCACCGAAAUCGCCAAGGUCGUCGAGGGUUGCAAGGAGAAAACAUAUGGUGUCAGGGAUGAGUAUAGGGUGAGCGGACAUGCAGCCAGAAUCAUCCUGGAAAAUGUGGAAGAAAAGGCCAGAGAAUACCUGAAAUCAGAUCCAGUCCUGUGGAUUCCAUCCAAGAUCUGGUUCGAGCUUCUGAGGAGACGGGUGCGGGAGAUUCAGAGGACCCAGAUAUCCAUUGUCAGAAAGAAUCCACCGAAUCUUGGCGUUCUCACUGGAGUGCUCAACCACAUGCUUCGCUCUACAACAUCAACUCCUAUCAUCUACGACUCUCACAUCCGUGAAUCUCUUGCCCUACUCGAGUACAGAAACAUCCUCGAAACUGCAGGAAUGUUUUUCUUACACGACUUCGACAUCAAUAGCGACACAUGCCUGACUGAGGUGCAGCAAAUCGACGACGUGCAUGUACUGGCCCUCAUGGGAGUCAAUGCAAAGGCUCAAAGGGACCGGGCAGUGAGCAGAACUAAUGUAUGGCAAAGCACCGAGUCUGAACUGGAGGACUAUCCUCUUGGUCGCACACCAACAUGGACUCGACUCAAGGCAGCCAUGUCAAACUCGCCUGCAAUGAUCAUGAGACCCUGGGUGUGGUCACCCAGAUUGUCCAACACUCAACUCUCCGUCGGACGUUCGGUGGUCAUGUUCACUAGGCACAUGUGGCUGAUGCUCACACCCGAAAUCUUCAAGGGCAUCAGACCUCACCCAAACUCGCUUCAAGAGGCCAUGAAGUGCUGGACAAUCACCAGCAUCGAUGACACUCUCGCUGCAGUCGCAUUUGAAGCAUGCAAUGCCGGGCUGAAUGAUAGUACGGGCGUCACUCCUGGUCGCAUGGGUCCGAAGUCGAGGCCCUUCCUUGACAGGUGCACUCUGUUCUUUCCCGACCCUGAUGCCGCCCAUAAGGACAAUACUCAGUGGUCUGGGCUUUGGGAGGGCGAUGGAUACAUUGCAGAAUUUCACAGGACGAUGAAGGCGAUGGAUGAGGAUCAGCAACAGUUGCUGAAACAGGGAUUACGUGAGGUAUUUUCGGAACUUCACUGCCUUCCUGCUAGCGGAGCAAGAGUGUGGACGCAAAAGAACGAAUCAAUUGUGUUCACGACCAAUCCAAUAUUCUACAAGAUCGAUUGUAUUGGAAGGGGAGGAGAGAGUCAGAAGAGGGCCCCAAAAGCACGUCGAACGAUGAAGCUGAUCAAGGGUAAACGCAUAUUUGCAGCCGACCUCAUGGACUCACAACCCUUCGACACUGAUGGCAAUCUGCGGAGAAAGACAGAGAGACAGAAGCGGCGGGAACUUCAGAAGAAAAUGACCAUGGCCAGGAAAAACAAGAGAGUCCCCCCUCCCACACGUCCACGGAGACCAUUUCCCAUGACCCAACUAGAAGAUAUUGUGGAAUGA